GGUAGCGGGUGUAUAGGGUGUAUUAUAGAGAGAUAGAGGUGGUGUAUGGCGGUGUAUGGCGCGUGUGAGGUGCGCGCGCAGGCCCGCCAUGGGAGCCGCCUGGCGGCCGCGUGGUCUUUCCCCCCAGCUGAUGGUCCCGCCACCAUGCCUUUAGCAAAAGAUCUUCUACACCCUUCACCAAUUGAGGAGAAGCGGAAAUGCAAGCUCAAGCGGCUUGUACAGCAUCCGAACUCCUAUUUCAUGGAUGUCAAGUGCCCAGGAUGUUUUAAGAUUUCUACAGUGUUUUCACAUGCCCAGACGGUAGUUGCAUGUGUUGGCUGCGCAACAGUUCUAUGCCAACCAACAGGAGGAAAAGCUAAGCUUACAGAUGGAUGCUCGUUCAGGAGGAAGCAGAAUUAAUGGUGUGAGAAAUUCCCCUCCCAGUGCUGCCUUUUUUCCUUGUCAUUAUGUACUGAGACAGCAAUAAAGGUGUCAUUGAGA